AUGCCCACCGUUGUUGCCCCCCAGCCUACGCGUCCAAUGGCCCUCCUAUCACUUUCGACACCACCACCCCCUAUGCUGGGCUCCCCCAUCGAGCUCACGCGUCGCGACACAGAAUCCCAUCGCGCUACUUGGGCCCCCAAACAGCGACCAGCUCGAAGGGCGCCUCGUCGACAGCUCUUCUCGUCGUACAGCCGAUCGCACUGUUGCUGCGUCGAAUGCCCCAUCAUUCCGUCGUCGCGUCCACCACUGCAUUUCAGCGCGACUGAUGCCCUCGAUCUGCCGUUCCAGCCGAUCACUCAGGAAGUAGACCUUCCUUCCGCCGGCCCCGGCCCCAUCCGCCGACGCAAAGCUUUGACACGCCCCAGCCCCCUCGAACCGCCUCGAAACCACCCAUAUUUGCUUGACAUCGACAUCCCAUCAUUGCGCGAUGCACGCCCGAUCACGCCGACGCGUAGCGCUCCCCCUAAUCACCAGAUCCAAUUUCGCAACCUCAUGCCUGUAUUAUUAUGCGACAUCGACGACGAAUCACCGUCGCCACACUCACCUGCUCUGCAAUGA